AUGAACUCAUUUCAUUCACUGUUAUUUCUUGUCAUUACCGUCUUUGUCUCCGACAUUUCUACCCGGAGGAUCCUACUUAUCAUAUGCGUAUCUAUGGCAUGUUUCCCACGAGAUUCUCAUUUGCAUUUUCACUUCUCUCUUGCUCGUUCUCUUUUCUCUCCCCUCUCUUUGCCUAUCUUUCUCCUUCUCUCUUUCUCUCUCUCCUUUCUCCUGUUCUGUCCGUCUUUCUCUCUCUCCCUACCCUUCUUUUCUCACCUAUUAAAGUUUAUUUUGCUGACGCUCACUCUCUUUAAACCCUUUUGUAGAAACGACCAUCUCUUCUCUUUCAUCUCUCCACACAAAUCCUUACCCGUCAAAUCAUUUCUGUGUUGGAUCGCCUACAAUGAAUCGAGUAGAGAUUCUCUCUCUCGCCCUAUCUAUCUAUCUAUCUAUCUAUCUAUCUAUCUAUCUAUCUACAAUUUGGGAAAUUCGGAUAAAGGGUACUUAACCUUUUUUGAUAUCUAUCUAUCUAUCUAUCUAUCUAUCUAUCUAUCUAUCUAUGUGUUUGUCUGUCUGUCUGUCAGUCUAUCUCCCUAUCUAUCUGUCUGUUUGUUUGUCUAUCUAUCUAUCUGUUUGUCUGUAUGCCUAUCUAUCUAUCUAUCUAUCUAUCUAUCUAUCUAUCUGUCUGUCUGUCUGUCUAUCUAUCUGUUUGUCUGUCUGUCUAUCUCUCUAUCUCUCUCUCUGUCUCUAUCUAUCUAUCUAUCUAUCUAUCUAUCUAUCUAUCUAUCUAUCUAUCCGUUUUCGAGACCGGGUGGGGGUCGCAUCUCCGAGGUGUAUCUUUCCCAUUGCACUUAA